AUGACUGAAAUUUUUGUUACUAGAAAGCUUUCUGGAUCUAAGAAAUACAUCAAAUGCAUAAAAUGCAACAUUAGAAGACGUAUUGAUAAUUCACAUAUAUGUUAUUAUUGUCAUGGCAUUAAUUCUCUAAUCUCUAACAGCGGUAAUAUAAACAUCGAUAAUUUUAUCAAAGGAACACAGUCAUUAAGUAAUAGAAAUCUUGAUCCAUUGUUACAAUGGGUUCCUUUUGAAGAAUUUAAAGAUUUAGAGAAAAUUGGGCAAGGUGGUUUCAGUCAAAUUUUCAAAGCUACUUGGAAAAUUAAUAAAAGAAUAAAUUAUAAAGGUACUGUUAAGCGGUCGUCAAAACAAACAAUUGUUUUGAAAGUACUAAAUAACUCCCAGAAUGUGGAUACAGUAUUUUUAAAUGAG